AAGUCCUAUCCAUCAUAAUAUAUACUCAUUAGAACCUAUUCUUCUCAACAUUCCAAACCAUAUUCUAAGUUCAAGCUUGUUUGUCAUAUAAUGGGGCCGGGAGGACCAGGAGGAGGAGGACCUGGCGGUGGUGGCGGUGGUGGUCCUGGUUGGGGGGGAGGGCCGGGAGGACCUGGUGGUGGUGGUGGUGGUCCUGGUUGGGGGCCAGGGCCGGGAGGACCUGGCGGUGGUGGUCCUGGUUGGGGGCCAGGACUGGGAGGACCUGGCGGUGGUGGUUUUGGUUGGGGCAUCGGACCCGGAGGCCCUGGCUUCAUGGGUGGUUUAUGCAAUGUGAUGAACUCUUGCUUGUCUUUUAUUUGCUGCUGCUGGUUGUUCCAAGAUUGUUUUGGUGGGCCUCCACCGCCACCUGGUGGUCCUGGCGGGCCUGGUGGUCCUGGGCCUCCAUUCUGAAGUUGUUGGGCCUUAAACUCUUGAAGUGUGUUAUCUUUUGUUCUGAGUGUAUUGGGUUUGAUGAUUUUAUUUUAUCUAUAACUUGUAUUAUUUUACCCAAAACAAACUGUUAUUCUGGUAAAUAAAUCUCUCCUUAUUACUUUUGAGAGAUUCAUCCAAAACUAUAUGAAUUAUUAGGAAUAUAUAUAAUUUAUGGUCUAACUGA